AUUUCUUUCGUUUUCCUUUCGUUUCCAUGCUCUUUAGCACGUUUCGCGACGACAGCGCAGAUCGAACAUUGCCUGAAAAUGGAAAUUCGCGCCCAGAUAUUCUUGUCUUCCUUCGACCACGAUGAACAACGACCGCGAGCGCGUCAUUUUGCAUGAGUGGCCUCGCGAUCCUGAUGGACCAACUGUUCGAGAACCACCACCUCAAGGUGUUCGUACACCAAACAAUAUGCCUUGGGGACAUACACUGGAUGAUUUCUACUGGAUUCGUCCUUUCCCUGGCGUGAAGUCAAAGGUAAUUUGGACGCGAAGCAUGCUGGAUGAAUUCGGCGAGAACUUUGGUGAACAGCCUGGAGUUCCACAAGUUGAACCGCGUCGCUUGAGACCGUGGCCACUGCUCAAGGUGCCGAAUGACGACGCGCUUUUCGGGUUAGUGGACGAGACGUGCAAUAGGGAUCAUUCGCUCAAGCCCCGACGUUUCCAUGCUGUCAAGAGUACUGGUUUGUUGUGUAAACGGUUGUUUUCUAUGGACACUCAUCCAUUGGCAGUAUUUGAAUCCACGGAGGAAAAAAUAGAAUGGUCCGCGGAGCCGGCACUGAUGAACGAUGAUGCACCCCCCGGAACCGAAGAAUCCAUCCUCGAAGGGGCUGUGAAGUCGCAGGACAGGCUGGUGGAAGAUGAUGGCAAGGACGAUGAAUCGGCCAUGGCCGAAGUCUUCGUUCAGGCUGAUGAUAAUAUAACGGGUGGCUUUGUCUUAGAAUCCAGCAUAGAAGGAGAGACAGGAGACAGACAAAAUUGUACAGAGAUCGACGUCCCCGAAAUUAUCGUAGAAGAGAGAUGUGAAGACAGACAUGAUGUGGUGACAGAAGACGACACCAAGAAGGAUGAAUCAGAAGGUUCGAAAGUUAUUGUCGAAACUCAUGACGACCUUACACCCGCGGAACGACAGGCAAUGGAGUCCUUUAUGACUACGGAUUAUGAGACGGUUCAAAAACUUGAGGAACGCAUCCCCGAAGAAUACUUUCCUGACAUACUCCUCGUCAACGACCCUUCCGGCUUCACGAUGAGUGACGUUCCAUUUCUUAGCCGUCCGUCGCGUAUGCUGCCUGUACGUUAUAAACGUGUUUGGCCGAAGCUGAAGCGCGAUGGCGAGCCGGCCACGCUCUUUAACAAUGACCUCCAUUGCUCUUCGGCGUUCCACUGGACACUGACACAGGCGGAGAGGUACGCUGCUAGUGAGUGUCGAAGAAUCGCUACGCUCGACCUUUCGGGUGCACCACUUCUCGGCAAGGGCGGCCAUUCUGCCGUCCGGAAGGCCGGAAUACGACUUCCAGUACCUCUCACGACGCAGACUGGUGACCCACACGUUUCCGUAGCUGCAAAACUAGCGUUUUCUCUUAGUGAAGAUCGGGAGUUGCUUGAAAAUGAGGGACGAAUCUACGACGCGUUCCCCGAUCAUCUGCAGGAGAGCUACUGCGGCUAUAACUUGGUAGCUUCGAUGGACCACCCUGUCCCCGUGGGUGCGUGUGUGCCCAAGUUCUUUGGGUAUUAUGUACCUGUUCAGGAGGAGGAAGAAGCUAGUCGGAGGCAAGAAGCGCUGAACAGAAUCAAGAAAGAGGUGGAACGAAGACGGGAACGAGAGGCGAAGAGAGAAGCUAAGAAGAUAGGCGUGGACGAGGCGGUGGAAUCUACCGAUGCGUACGUGAAAUCGGCGGAAGAAGAGGACGACUAUAGUGGCGAGGAUGAUGACGAUAGCUUCUCCGACCAUUCACCUCUCCGAGUCGAAGAAAUUCGUUCCCCCAUUCUCUUGCUCGAAGAGUGUGGGACGCCUAUCGAACCGGAAGAGUUUUCAGAAGAUGAGAGAUCUGAAUGCUUCUCACUAGUGCUUCGCCUUCACCAUGCAGGCUUUGUGCAGAACUCGCUGUAUCCUCGCAACAUUUUGCGACAGCCAGGUCCUCUUAGCGUGCGACCGUCAGAGCGAUCGUUGAAGACACCGAGUUUCAGGAUUAUUGAUUUUGGGAGAGGAGAGUUUGUGCCGUUGUUUGUGGAGAAGUUCCUUGAGACCGUGUGGAGUAGACUGGGACCACCGAUGGUCUUGACAAGAGAAGAAAUAGAAAGGGUCAAAGAAAUGUCGGAGAUUGGGAAAGAGGAGGCGGUUCGUUGGUAUAUCAACGGUACCGGAUCCGAAUUGCGGAAAGCCGCGAAAAUCCUAUAUAUCAAGGAUUAUUAGUUAUAGCUUGUAAAGUGUUCUGGUGUCGUAGAAUCGCUAAAUUGAAAUCAUG